AUGGACACGUCGUACCCCCGGGAGGGUCCCCCAAAAGCCGAUGGUGCUGCCCACUCGGCCAUUGUGCUGGGGGCCCCGAGACCCCCACCCCGAGACCACCUGAUCUGGUCGGUGUUCAGCGCCCUCUACUUGAAUCUGUGCUGUCUGGGCUUCCUGGCUCUGGUCUACUCAGUCAAGGCCCGAGACCAGAAGGUCGCCGGAGACCUGGAGGCGGCCCGGAGGUUCGGUUCGAGAGCCAAGUGCUACAACAUCCUGGCCGCCAUGUGGACGCUGGUGCCGCCUCUGCUGCUCCUGGCCCUGGUGGUGACAGGAGCCCUGCACUUGUCUCGGCUGGCCAAGGACUCCGCUGCCUUCUUCACCACUAAGUUUGAGGAUGCAGACUAUGACUGA